CAACUCAAACAGCAGGAAAAGGAGCAGCAGCAGCGGAGAGAGCAGUGCCUGGAUCUGCCGCAGGGAAUCUCGACAAGAAACAUUCAGAGUGCAUGUUUACUAGCUCACUUAGGGUCCCAGUAUAGCUGUAUUCAGCGAUGGAGGAUGGGAAGCCAGUGUGGGCGCCCCAUCCAGUUGAUGGGUUUCAGCUGGGCACUAUUGUAGACAUUGGUGCCGACUCUUUAACAAUCGAGCCGCUGAAACAGAAGGGCAAGACUUUCUUGGCUCCCAUCAAUCAGGUAUUCCCAGCUGAAGAUGACGGUGACAAAAUUGUGGAAGACAACUGUUCUCUUAUGUACCUAAAUGAAGCCACACUCCUAAAUAAUGUUAGAGUGCGGUAUAGUAAAGAUAAGAUCUAUACAUAUGUAGCCAACAUCCUGAUUGCAGUGAACCCCUACUAUGACAUUCCCAAACUGUAUUCUCCAGAGACCAUCAAGCAAUACCAGGGCAAAUCCCUGGGUACUUUACCCCCGCAUGUCUAUGCAAUCGCUGACAAAGCUUUUCGUGACAUGAGGGUGCUGAAAAUGAGCCAGUCCAUUAUUGUGUCUGGUGAAUCAGGAGCUGGCAAGACUGAAAACACUAAAUUUGUUCUCCGCUACUUGACAACAUCCUAUGGUACAGGUCAAGAUAUUGAUGAGCGAAUAGUAGAAGCGAAUCCUUUGCUGGAGGCCUUUGGAAAUGCUAAAACGGUGCGAAACAACAACAGCAGCCGUUUUGGAAAAUUUGUAGAGAUUCACUUCAAUGAAAAGAACUCUGUGGUUGGAGGGUUUGUUUCCCAUUACCUGCUGGAAAAGUCCCGCAUCUGUAUGCAGAGUAAAGAAGAACGCAACUACCAUAUCUUUUACCGUCUCUGUGCGGGGGCUUCUGAGGACAUUCGGAACAAGUUUCAUUUGAACUCUCCGGAGAGCUUCAAGUAUCUCAGCCGUGGCUGCACCAGGUUUUUUGCCAGUAAGGAGACUGAUAAACAGAUCCCACAGAAUCGCAAGAGCCCUGAGCAUUUAAAGCAAGGUGCUUUGAAGGACCCCUUGUUGGAUGAUCGGGAUGACUUCAACAGGAUGUGUGAGGCCAUGAAGAAGAUCGGUCUUGAUGACACGGAGAAGCUGGAUCUUUUCAGAGUGGUUGCUGGUGUUCUGCACCUGGGAAACAUUGACUUUGAGGAAGCUGGCAGCACCUCAGGUGGGUGCACCCUGAAGAAGUCGUCCAGCCAGACCCUGGAGUACUGUGCAGAGCUGCUUGGUCUUGACGAGGAAGAUCUGAGGAUUAGUCUGACCACAAGAGUCAUGCUGACAACAGCAGGGGGCGCCAAAGGAACAGUAAUCAAGGUGCCUUUGAAGGUGGAACAGGCCAACAAUGGUCGUGAUGCCUUGGCCAAGGCAGUCUAUGGUCGUCUCUUCGAUAACGUGGUGAAGAGAGUGAACCAGUGCUUCCCCUUCGACAGCUCCUCCUUCUUCAUCGGUGUCCUGGAUAUUGCUGGGUUUGAAUAUUUUGAGCAUAACAGCUUCGAGCAGUUCUGCAUCAACUAUUGUAAUGAAAAGCUACAGCAGUUUUUCAACGAACGAAUUCUGAAAGAGGAACAGGAGCUGUAUCAGAAGGAAGGCCUUGGUGUGAAUGAGGUGCAUUAUGUUGAUAACCAGGACUGUAUUGAUCUUGUUGAAGCGAAGCUCGUGGGUAUCCUAGAUAUUCUGGAUGAAGAAAACCGUCUACCUCAGGCCAGUGAUCAACACUUUACAGAUGCAGUACAUCAGAAACACAAGGACCACUUCAGACUAUCGAUUCCAAGGAAGUCCAAACUGACCAUUCAUAGGAACAUCCGAGACGAUGAGGGCUUCAUUAUCAGGCACUUUGCUGGGGCUGUGUGCUACGAAACAACCCAGUUUGUGGAGAAGAACAAUGACGCCUUGCACAUGUCUCUGGAGUACCUGGUUUGCGAGUCCAAGGAUAGAUUUGUACGGGAACUGUUUGAGAAUUCCACUAACAGCAAGGACUUGAAGCAAAAAGCUGGGAAACUGAGCUUCAUUAGUGUUGGCAACAAAUUCAAGACCCAGUUAAAUAUUCUGCUUGAAAAACUCCGCAGUACGGGAUCCAGCUUCAUUCGUUGUGUCAAACCCAAUCUGAAGAUGGUGAGCCACCAGUUUGAAGGGGCCCAGAUUCUUUCCCAGUUGCAGUGUUCAGGUAUGGUGUCUGUGUUGGAUCUCAUGCAGGGUGGGUUCCCAUCCAGAGCUCCAUUCCACGAGCUGUACAACAUGUACAAGAAGUACAUGCCAGUCAAGCUGACGCGCUUGGACCCCAGACUGUUCUGCAAGGCUUUGUUCAAAGCACUUGGAUUAAAUGAAAAUGAUUACAAGUUUGGUUUAACGAAGGUAUUCUUCAGACCUGGCAAGUUUGCAGAAUUCGAUCAGAUCAUGAAGUCCGACCCCGAUCACUUGGCAGAACUGGUGAAGCGUGUCAAUAAGUGGCUCCUCUGCAGUCGCUGGAAGAAGGUUCAGUGGUGUGCGCUGUCCGUCAUCAAGUUGAAGAACAAGAUGAAAUACCGGGCAACUGCCUGCAUUAAGAUGCAGAAGACUGUUCGCAUGUGGCUCUGCAGGAAGAAGCACAAACCACGCAUUGAUGGUCUGGUAAAGGUGCAAACUCUAAAGAAGAGAAUAGAAAAGUUUACAGAAGUGGUGAGUGCCCUGAAGGAGGGCAAGCAGGAGAUGAGCAAACAGGUUCAAGAUCUAGAAACAUCCAUCAAUGCCCUGAUGGCUAAAAUUAAGGGCACUGUGAUGACGAGGCUGGAGAUCGAGAAGGAGCACGAGGUUCUGGUGAGGCGAUCGGAGGGGAUGCUGGGGGCGCUGCAGAGGAAGAAGCAGGAGGAGGAGGAAGCAGAGCGUCUGCGGCGGAUCCAGGAGGAGAUGGAACGGGAGAGGCAGAGGGCUGAGGAAGAGGAGCGGCGCCGCAAGCAGGAGGAGGACGACAGGCGCCUGAAAGCGGAGAUGGAAACAAAAAGAAAGCAAGAGGAAGAAGCUAGGAAGAAGCGAGAGGAAGAGGAGAAGCGCCUCCAGGCUGAACUAGAGAAGCAGUUAGCUGCUGAACGUGAGGAGGAGACUCAGAGACAAGCAGUCCUUGAACAGGAGCGGCGGGAUCGAGAGCUGGCAAUGAGAAUCGCCCAGAGCGAGUCUGAGCUCAUCACUGAAGAGACACAGCCAGACGCAGCUUUGCGCAGUAACGGCACCUCAAGUGGUACUCCGGUUCCUCUCAAAGCCACUACAGGUGGACCCCCAACCAGCAUAACAAUGGAAGAAAUGGCCAAAGAAAUGUUUGAGCUGCUGUCUAGGGGUCCACAGGUGCAAGCAACCAAAGCUGCUGUUGGUUCUAAGAAGUAUGAGCUGAGCAAAUGGAAGUACGCAGAGCUCCGUGACGCCAUCAAUACCUCCUGCGAUAUUGAGCUGCUGGCAGCCUGCCGAGAGGAGUUCCACCGCAGACUGAAGGUGUACCAUGCAUGGAAAUCAAAGAACAAGAAGCGCAACACUGACACCAACCCUGAGCAGAGAGCUCCCAAAUCAGUCACUGACUAUGAAUAUGCACCGUUUAUGAAAAGCUCAUCUCAGCAGAACCCAGCUCCAGCGCUCCCAGCCCGGCAGCAGGAGAUCUGCAUGAACCGGCAGCAGCGGUACUUCCGCAUCCCGUUCAUCCGCCCUGCCGACCAGUACAAGGACCCUCAGAACAAGAAGAAGGGCUGGUGGUACGCACAUUUUGAUGGGCCGUGGAUCGCCCGCCAGAUGGAGCUCCAUCCAGACAAGCAGCCAAUAAUGCUUGUGGCAGGGAAGGACGACAUGGAGAUGUGUGAGCUGAGUCUGGAAGAGACUGGUCUUGCCCGAAAACGCGGAGCUGAAAUCUUGCCAAGGCAGUUUGAAGAAAUCUGGGAGCGUUGCGGGGGAAUCCAGUACCUCCGAAGUGCAAUAGAAAGCAAGCAAGCCAGACCAACAUACGCUACUGCAAUGCUGCAGAAUCUCCUCCACUAAUCAGCACAUUACUGGAGCACUAAUAUUAGCUUGUGGUAUAGAUUACCCUUUUCAUUGGUUUAAAGGGAAUAGUGUAUUCCCCAUUAAAAAGGGCGUAUAGACAUACUAUAAUCAGGCUUUUAUGUUAACUGAUUUUAUUAAUUGUUGGGGGGUUAUGUUGGGUUUUUGUUUGUUGUUUUCUUUGUGCAGUGAACUUCUACAAUAACUGACCAGCUGGACCUGACCUUGCUAUUCAAACUCUUUUUGUGUUUUUAUUUUUUAUUUGUAUUAUCAUUGAUAAUAAAACUGGAACCCAAUAGGUCAAUACCCAGGAUACAAACACAGAACUUGAUAUUGAAAGAAAGGAGGGCAUUUACCUGAUAAAGCACAUCCUCAAAUCUUGGGUACUGUACCUGUUCAUCCUUGAGUUAUGCUGGUACACUGAGAGCGUACAUUAGGUAGCCUGCACUAGCUAGUUCACUGUCUGUAGAUUACAUUUGAUUUAAUCAAGAAGAUGCCCAUCUUUGGAUGAGUAUACCUUAACGUAUUUGGGCAUUGCAUUGUUUUUUUCUAGCGCUGUGACCUAGAGUCCUUGUGUCACAGUUAGCGAGUUUGUUCUUCAAAUCAGCCUAUACAGUACCUACUCCUACUUACACAAAGAAUGUGCCUUCACUGAAAUGGCACCUUUACUGUACUCUUGCCUAAUCUGUUGUUAAUCCAUGAGUUUAUAUGGUACCCAAAGUUGUCCUGGCUUUGCAGUGUUAUAUUGAAUUGAAAUAGAGUUUCAGAGGCCUUUUCUAGUGGCUUGCACCGUAUACCACGUUCCCUAGCAUGUGCCUACUGUAACACUCUUUGUUUCUGUUACUUAUAACUAGGGGUUGGAGUUUCCUAAAUGUAUUUUUGCAAGGAAAAAAAUCAUAGUAGAUGUUGAAAGAUUAAAGUUCAUACAGACUUUAAAUCGAAUAUAAAAAUAAUAUAAAAACCGUUAAGAUUAUCACAUGCUCUCUUUCCGUUUUCUUCAUAAAUGAGAACAGGUUAGAAGCAAGUAUGAUAAUGAAUUAAGACCAUAUCCUAAAUCCAGAGCUAAAAGUUAUUGUAGUUUCAGUCUAGACUUUUGGAGAAAAUAGUGUGUCACUGACCUUUAUUUUUGGAUAUUAAGGAAACAAAUAUUUAUAUAUACCAAGAUAAUAUAAUAUUACUGAAUAUAUAUUUCAAAUUGAACAACUUCAAAAAAAUCUACAUGAGGAAAAAAAGACUGGUACUCUGUUUUUAAUUUAGAAUAGUACAUACUACAUAGUUCUAGCUACUGGUAAUGCAAUCUGUCCUGCCCUCAUAGAAGAAUGUCAACUCUUGCAAGUUGCAAUUUGGGAGGGAUAAUGACAACAGGGCCUGGUAAGAUACAGCUGUUCAAAAAGUGUUUGUUUGAGACAAUCUCACAUGUAAGAUCAGAGAAGAUGACACAUUUCUCUUGGACUGCACAGUUUGUUAAGUGUUCAAGCCUGAUUUUAUAACACUCUCGUCCUGUGGUGUGCAAGAAGCAUCUCAGUACAGAUCUAGCUAUUUAUUUAUGAUUUGAAAUACAUGAGUGAUUACUACUGUCAAUCUCAGUGAUGUCCUUUUAAUGUAUAGUCAAUUAAUAAUGUUGAUAAUGUGUUCCAUGUCCAUGCAUUUACUACAAUCAUUCCUUUAAAAAAACAAUUCUGCAGUUUGACCUUUUCAUUUUGAAUGUUGAUUUCUAACUGAUGUACUGAUAAAAUGCAGAAAAUAAAUGCAUUCCAUGUUUAACUCCA